UUGCAUAAUCUCCGGCCGCGGCGCCACAGCCCAUUGGCCUCCUCCUUCAACGCCAAUCAGCGGAGAGCUUUAGACCGGCUCCAUGUGCAUAUAUAAAAAGUGGACCCAUCCGAAGUUCGGUUGUCAGUUAAUGCCCAUCGAACGGAUCAAUUCCACAGCCAUGAGAAGCGUGUCGCUAAAAUUCUAUCUGAUAUGUCUCCUAGUUAUCUGCGUGAUCAGUUGGAGUGAAGGAAUGCCAAGCUCGGGACUUUCAAGGCAGGAACUCGAGGAACGGUAUCAAAAAAUGCCGCCAGUGAGCGAUGAACGAGAUGCCGAUGCCGAAACGGAUAGUGCCUACGAUCGGUAUACCCCGAGACCUCCAAGAGCAGGCAAGAAAGGAUAGACAUCCAGCCAACAACUGCAAUCGAUUUGUGUUCUAUUUGCAGUUAUAUUUUAUAUGUAGCGUUCAGGGUUAUGGCUAUGUAGUUCUAAGCUUAGGCAAAAUGUACAAGCGUAAAAUAAAGCAAUUAU